AUGUCAAAGAGGUUUAGCAAGAAGAACGCUCAAAAAUAUGUGGUGGUUCAUAGGCCCCAUGACGAUCCACAGUACUAUGAUGCUGAUGCAAACGAACAUAUACUAGUUCCAGUGGAUACCCCAGGUCAGAAACCAAGCUCCAGAACUAACGCUUUACUAGAAGAAAAACCUUCUAGAGCUAGAGACCAUGUUGGUGAGGCUGCAAUUUAUGGUAUCAAUUUCGAUGACUCCAAGUACGAUUACACACAGCAUUUAAAACCGAUUGGUGCCGAUCCUGCCAACUCGUUCUUCCUACCGGCAAAAAGGAAUGAAAGUAAGAAGAAGACUCUGGAUGAUCUAUUUGUUGAACCAGGAUAUGUGGAAAAGGAAGCCAAUGCAUCCGUUUUUCAAAGAGGUGUAGCCAAACCAGAAUAUUUGUUGCACCAGCAGGAUGUCCCUGAAGAAAUCAGUGGGUUCAGGCCAGACUUGAACCCAGCACUUAGAGAAGUGCUGGAAGCAUUGGAAGAUGAAGCAUAUGUGGUGAACGAUGAUAUCGUGGUACAAAAACCCAAGAAGGAGGCCAGGUCUGCGGAGGAUGAAGAAGACGAUCUGUUUGCUGAGUUGCUGGGCAGCGGUGAAGCACAAGGUGAAGAGUUCGAAGAUAAAGCAGAUGAAUGGGAUAUUGACAAUUUGGGCGACUACGAAGACCAACAAUACCAUGAAGAGAUGGCGACUUUCGCCAAAGUUGAAAACUUGGAAGAUUUGAAGAAUAUCGAUAUACAGGCAGACGUUAGACGAUUUCAAAAAGAGCAAUCACAAGCAAUCAAUACAGACGAUGAAUUCUCGCAGGAAGAGCUCGAUAGUGUGAGUCCCGAAGUUCAGGAUACUCUAGGUGAUCUACCGACUUUUGAUUCCAAGAACAAAUCAGCAUCCAAGCGUAAGAAAGACCGUCGUAAGAAAGGUGCCAUGUCUGACGUCUCGGGCUUCUCCAUGACCUCAAGUGCAAUUGCACGCACAGAGACCAUGACUGUUCUCGAUGAUAAAUACGACCAGAUAAUAUCUGGUUACGAUAACUACGAGGAAGAACAAUUCGAAGACGAAGAAGAAACUCAGCCUUUCGAUAUGAGUAAAGAACGUUCGGAUUUCGAGAGUUUGCUUGACGAUUUUCUCGACAAUUACGAACUUGACAGUGGUGGCCGUAAACUGGUGAAGAAGGACGAAGAGAUUGAUAGAUUAAAGCGUGCGGCGGACGAGGUCAGUAAAGGUAAGCUAUCGCAGCGUAGAAACCGUGAAAGAAACAACCAAAACGUGAAAAAAAUUACAAACAGCUUAAACGGACUACGACUAUAG